AUGAAAUUUUUAAUUCCUGCCUCACUUUUAACCUUGUCAACUGGUGCCUUGGCUGCCAUUAGACCGGUCCAAUUCUUUGCUUCCUCAGACAACGAAGAAGUUAACGGACAAGGAUUGUACUCCACCCACGAAGGUGCUGGUAUCAACUACUUUUUCCUUGGCGCUGCUCAAAAUUUGCAAUACAAUGACGAAUCGAGAGUUGUCUACAUUGCAUUGGGGGGAAACUUGCCAGAUGCUAGACAAUACCUUGCAUUCUCUGGUGACGUCUUGUCAUUGACCGUUGCUGAAGAACCAUUGCCAGUCGACAUUGCUGAAGAUGGAACGGUUACUUUCCCAGGUUCAGACGCUCUUGCUGCUGCCAAGAACAUCAAUGACCCAUACAGAUACUCUGAAGACGUAUUUGCCGUUGUCAAAGAUGGUGCCGAAGGUUCAAUCCCAUUGUCAAUCAAUGCCAUCUUUGGUGAUGUCGAAGUUGAAGAGCCAUCUGCGUCCUCCAGCGAAGAAGCUCCUAAGCCAACCGACGUCAUCUACACCAACGCAACUGUUACUGUUUUCACCACUUACUGCCCCGAACCAACCACUUUGACUUUGACUGUCUGUGAAACUGCAUGUUCUGAAACUGCUGUUACUGUUUCCGUGGCCGGUGAAGUUACUGUUGACAAUGUCAAGUUGGAAGCCACUUCAGUUCCAGCUGAAACUUCCGUCGCCUCAACUCAAAAAGUAUCAACCACCGUUGCGACUCAAGCAAGUACUGAAGCCAGCGUUUACGAAGGUUCUGCUGCUGUUGCCGGAGGUGCUGGUUUGGCUGCUAUUGCCUUUGGUGCUGCUGGUUUGCUUAUUUAA